AUGGGACUGCUAUCGGACAAGUUGAACUUAUAUGAACUAUCUACUCGGACACUACGGUCUCCCUCGCUAAGCAUUUCCUCGCGCACCUCGUCUUCCACCGACACGGCCAGCAUCAAACGGCUCCGAUUCGAUGAUCGAUCCACCACCAAGACUAGUUUGGCUUUGAAACAGUAUAGAGAUGCGUCGGUUAAGACCAAGGAGGAGCUCUUACAGCAGCGGCCGUCGCCGCUGCUGGCGGCAGAUUCCAAGAUACAUGGCAUGUUUAGCUGGUCGCCACUUCGGAAAAUCAACGAGCUGAUAUCGGACGAGGAAGUGAUGCAUGUGACAUCGAACUCGAUCUACAUUGCUGUUGCCUUGGGCAGCUCGGACGUGAUUAUAUUCAACUACAAGCAAGCCAUCGAGGUCAGGCUAGAUACCGAGGAACAUAACAGGAACCCGCUGGCGAAAAUCACAAGUUUGGCAUUUUCAUCCGAUUCGACUCAUUUUGUAGCGGGCUACGAAGAUGGAGUGAUACGUAUAUGGGACAUGAACUCGAACCGAUCGCCGCUGGUCCCAAGUGUCGUUCGGCCCCAUUUCAUCAUCCCUCCCAAACUGAGCCAUCCAGAUGAACACGAGGAGUUUCAAGGGCACCAGCUUAAUUCAGCGAUCAAGUACGUUGAUUUCAUCCAGCAGCACAACCAUCUCGUGGUAAGUGUGGACGAAUCCGGGCUGAUGCUACAUCACAAACUUCUGCGAAAGCUCAUGAAGAAACACGUCAAGACUGAACGGCUAGUGGCGUUCAACAACAUGACGAGAAAAAACUUGCCAUCCAAGAUUCUCAAAUACGGACAAUUGCCACUUGGCUCAUCGCCGCAGAUCACCGACGAAAUGGGGGUAGUGGCGUUAUUGACUCAAAACACUCUUACCAUAGCCUCGGUUGUGUCGUUGAAUGAUCCCGACUUGACCAACAUGGUGACUCAUUUCAAACUCACUAGGUCCGGAACCAGGAAUGGCAACGAGGAACUGGACCAGCACAUGGACCUGCUUUCAACUGCAAUGAACUGGUACCCUUGCACCAGGACAUCGCGCGGUAUCAACAACGCCAAGCUAGCAUGCAGCUGGCAUGACACGUUGAACAUCAUAGAACUAGAUAAUAACUGCCUCCCCCUGAAUUUGAUUCGCAUCGUUCAUGACGCCAAAGAUAAAGAUAAAGCAGUGCCAAAACUCCCCUUCCGCAGAACUUGCAAAUGGCAGUCUCUGCUGGCGAUUGUCGAUUUGAAAUGGGCCCUGUCGGAUGUAUUAUGCGUUUUCGUGCAACUGGAAGAUAACGAAAUCCACAUCAAGACUUUCCAUUAUGAUGGCUCGUUGCUAGUUCAAAUCGCCGAGGACGAAAUGGAAGGCGGAGUUCGUCGAAUCAACACGGCAAAGCAAAGUUUUUUGGUUCUCCGCAGGGACUCUAAAUUAUUCUUGGGCCGGCAAUUGAGCUGGGCCGAUAUCUUAUUGAAGGAUGUCUCAACAGGCAACUACGUCGACGCAUUAUUCGUCACUAACGAAUACUACCAAACUACAUCAAGGGGCAAAUUGACCGCUGUGGGGUUACCUGUAAAUAAAGAAAAGAGACUUCAAGUCUUGCGCCCUUACUUGGUUGAAAUCAUGCGCGAAUCGCUCCCGCUCUUGCUGAAAGCAGACUCGGCCAACAGCUUGAAUAUCUACUUUGACGUGAUUGCCUACGUUGGCAACACGGAGAUGCUUGAGGAUAUACUCGAGGCGCUACACAAUGAUGAAAAAUUCUUUGACACGUUGGAAUCGUACAUCUUGUUUGGAACCUUGUCAGUGUUGCCGCCGGCAAUACUCAGACGAUUGGUUGAGUAUUAUGCAUCCGCGAGAAAAGGCGAGUUGCUCACUGAAAUACUCUGCACUUUGGAUAUCAAGAGCUUGGAUAUCGAUUUGGCAAUUCAACUUUGCACCAAGUACAAGUUGCGGGAUUGCUUGAUUUACAUUUGGAAUGUGCUUUUGAACGACUAUGAAGCGCCCUUUAUUGAGUUUAUUGCUGAGUUUGGCAACGCCGAGGCCGCGUUUAUCGGGUCGGAAGACUAUUACAAGGCCUAUGCCUACAUGUCGUACAUUCUAACGGGCCGCCAAUACCCUACUGAUAGAUACAUCCCACAUGGAGAAAGAGAAGCAGCGCUUGCCAUUUGCAACAUUUUAUUCUCAAGCGGACCAGUGCAAAUCAGUGGGAAAGUCAUACCCACAACAACAACAGGAACGAAUGCAGAGACGAUAUUCCCGUAUUUGUACGUCUUUUUACAUGCAGACUCGUUCCAGAUGCUAUCGACACUCAACGAGUUUUUCGAGUCGUCGUUUCUCAAUGAAGAUCCAAAGUACACUAGACAAUACUUGAUUGAGGCGUUACUCGACUUGUUCGAAGCCAAUAAACAAAAUUUCACCGAUUUUGACAAGGCGCAAUUGGCGAUAUUCAUCGCGCGGAAUUAUCCAAAGUAUUCCCAACUCAUUCGUCUUUCCGAGUCAACAUUGGAUUCCGUAGUGGACACACUUUGUCGAAACGCCGACGCUUCGAUUGUCGAGGAUUGCGAGUUGGCACUACAAAGUCUAGUAUCGCUAUACGUUCCAGAGGACACUGGGUUUGAGCAAAAGUUGGAACUGGCAGGCUUUUACGGUGUCUUGGUUGAUCUAUACAAUUCUCAAGGAAAGUAUUCACGUGCACUCGAAUCAUGGCUAUUGAAAAAUGGAAGAGAAACCGCCACCACCAUUACCUCCUCCACUACACCAGCAGCGGCUUUAGUUGGUGAGAUUUCCGGACAGCAGUUGAUGGACUUGAUCCAUAACUCUUUCUCGAAGAUUAAGGUUUCAAGUGAGAAAAUCAACAUCAUCAAGGUGUUGAAAAACAAUUUUGAAAAAUUUGCCAAGUUGGACGUUCAAGCUUUCUACACUUUGAUUGAAAAGUAUGCUCCUCAUGCUCACGCGGAGGUUUUGAAUGUAAAAGAUGAUGCCGUUGCAUAUCAAUACACCACCAUGUUGUUGACAACGCCAGAUCUCAAAUGGAAGGAUUUCCUCCCGCGUCAUCUCCAGCUCAUGAUUCGGUUGGAGGAACUGAAAGUGUUUGCAUUUGUCGAGUUGUGGAGUGCCCAGCUUGUUGCUAGUGAACAGAAACAUCUAGAUGAAAUGUUGAAGUUGCUCCAUGAUCAUGAGUUGGUGGACGCCGAAGCGUGUCUUUUGGUGUGUCAAAACGAAUACGUACUUGCAAUCGAUUGCAUUCUCGAGUUUUUGAAACAGAAAAAGACAGAUUCUGAAUCAUCAUUUAUUGACGCUGCGUGCCAAGAUCGAUUCGUUUAUCUACUAGAAUACGCCAUGAAGAUAUGCGAACGACCAGAAACGUAUGAUGUCCAAGUCUCACAGGAUUUAAAUUUGAAUGAACAAUUGUGGCUCAAGAUAAUCCACACCCUAGUUGAAGUCGCCAACCACGCCGCUUCAAACCAUAUCGCGGGGCAAAAUUUCAUCAAUCAUUGCAUCCAUGAAUGUUUCAGAACAAUGAGCGACUCGAAAUUGAACAAUUCAAAAAGAGAACAAUCAUUCUUGGUGAUUUUCAACAAGUUUUUAGCACAGUAUACUACAACACGCAGAGAAGGCGAUGAAGAUGAAGAGCACAACGAAGCGAAAAUCGCCAGCUUGUCCAACAUCAGAGGCAUUCUUCAAGAAGUGUUUAUCUCGUACUCCUACGACAGCGAGAUGUUGAAGAUAUCGUUCAAGAUGUUGAAUGAUGACGUGUAUAAAAACAUGCUCAUCAUCAGAGACAACAAGUUGCGGGGAUGGAUGAUCAAAGCUGCGCAAGUAUGUUCUUCCUGCGGAAAAUGGAUUGGUGGUGGCGGCGGUGGUGUCAAUGGCAGUGGUACCGGCGAUAAUGGCUUACCGGAGGCUGUGCUUGAUCCGCAUGUGCUAGCGUGGGAGGACCGACAGCGAGGUGGGAUCAAACUGCAACUCGGCUCAUUCAAAUUUCUAGAGUUGAUUUAUUUCGAGUGCGGCCAUGCGUAUCAUUCCACGUGUUUGGAAAAGCUACAAUCUUACAAAAAGUGUGUUCUUUGCCAUCACUGA